GCUGCAUUUUUCUUACUCCUGCAUUUUCCUAUAAUUAUUCAGUUCUUUUCUUAUAAUUUUUGGUAAACAUACCUAAAUAAUUUACUAUCCUGCUAACGUGACUUUCUCUUUUAUCAUUCCUACUUCCUAUGGUUUUAAUCGACCUCCUAUAUCAGUUCAAAUCUUAAAUUUCCAUAACAAUGUCGGACGUGACUGCUUCUGUGUUAGUUCACAUAGAAAAAGCUUCUAUUAGAGAUAUUAGUGAAUCUGAAAUAAAUAAAAAAGUUGAUGAAAUCAUAAAUAAAGCAGAACUAGUGAAUAGUGAAGAUAAAGUUAAAUUAUUGCUUAAUGCUAUUACUUAUUUAGAUUUAACGAGUCUAAAAGGUGGUGAAACUUUUGAAGAUAUAAAAGAGCUAUGUCAAAAGGCUGCAAAUGUAAUUGAUGUCAAUUUGCAAUGGAAAAAUCCAAUACAUACUGCAGCAGUUUGUGUUUUUCCUGCUAGUGCUUGUGAUGCAAUCAAAGCUUUAAAAGAUUUAAAUGUAAGAGAUAAAAUAGAGGUAGCAAGUGUUGCAGGAGAUUUUCCUGCUGCAGCUCUUCCACUGAAACAACGCAUCGAUGAAGUUAAACAAGUUGUUGAAUAUGGAGUGGAUGAAAUUGACAUAGUUAUAAGUAGGAAACUAGCAUUGGAGCAUAAAUGGAAAGAACUUUAUGAUGAAUUAACAUUGAUGAAAGAAGCAUGUGGUAAAGCCAAAAUGAAAACUAUAUUGGCCACAGGUGACUUACCUGGUUUGAAAGAAGUUUAUAUUGCUUCUAUUGUUGCAAUGUUAGCUGGUUCUGACUUCAUAAAAACAUCAACUGGAAAAGAAAUUGUAAACGCAACUCUUCCAGUAGGAGUUGUCAUGUGCAAAGCUAUUAAAGAUUAUUAUGUUACUCACCAAAGAAAAGUCGGAUUAAAACCAGCUGGUGGAAUUAAAACUUCAGAAGAUACUUUACAGUGGAUGAAACUCAUUGAAAAAGAGCUUGGUAACGAGUGGUUGUCUAAAGACUUAUUUAGAAUUGGAGCUUCAAGUGUACUUGAUAAUAUUAUCAAAACUGUACAUGCUUUGAAGUAAUAACAAUAAUAUUUUUGUAAAAUAUUUUUUUUAUUUUAUACAUUUAUUGCUGCCUUGGUUUAAUUUUAUAAAUUUUAUUUUUAUACAGAUAACUGAUUAAUACUAAUUAAAAGACUUAUUUUGUAUAACAAGAAUUGUUAUAUUUUUAUACUGUAGCAAGAUGAUUUUAUGUUGUUAAAAAUAAAUUUGAGUA